ACAUCGCGUCUUGACGUGACCGACACUUUCACGAUAAUGUUUGCUUCGAUGUCGACGCGACCCGUCUUAUGAGGAUUACGAGAGAUGGGAAGGAUUUACAGCUGAAAGGAAUAUUUAUUUCCCGUUAUCGAGACCGACUUCAAAGAGUGAUAAGUCAUGGCUACAGCUUCUCCAGCAAUUAUUUCUCCCUCCCAAGGGACCCUCUCUGGAGGACCUUCGUUUCGAGAAGCUCUUCCUUACCGCAGGAUUUCAGCUUCAAACUUGAGGACUGAAUCUCCUGCGGUUUUUGCUUCAACGGAGACCAAGCCAUCUGGACAUGCCAGGAUGUCGCAUCGGUUCUCUAUGGACGAAAGCUCAGACGACGAGAUUCCACAGCCGAUGAAGUUCAGUGCAUUGACAAAGGCCCUUCUCAAUGAGGGAGGAUCUGAAGUGGACAUAUCGUCACCAUCAGCCAUGGAGGGCUCUGAUGCAAAACCUUCGCCCUACCAUCAGCUACAAUCGAGACCUCGCAGUCCGUCCCCGAAAUACGCGUCCUGGAGUCAGCAUCGGGGAAGCCCGCCCCCGAGAGUAGUCAGGCUCAGCGCCGGCUCAGCAGGAUCUGCCACCGUUCGCCAUAGGACGUCUACAUCGCCCAGUCCCUUAGCAUCGGCCUCUUCAUUUGGUGGAACAUCACAGGAAAUGGUAACCCCUGCGGCUCGACUUCGAACCGUGAGAAUAUCACCAAACGUGGGGCGCUCUGGAAGCUCCCCAAAACAGCCUGCAACAGAAGUUGAAUCAGCAGACAAUCCUCCUCCUGAAGAUGCAGAGGAUGCCUCGAAUAUCCCAUCAACUACUUCCAAACCGCAUAGUGCUGGCUCCCAGACGAGCGUCUUGCGUCAUGCCUCGAGUUCUUUCGGAAGGCAGCGACAAGGAGAAGAGCCUGGAAUUCAAAGUUCAAUAAGAGUUAAAAGGGUCGGCAAGGUGGCUGGAUCAUAUCUGAGUGGGCCCGCCCGAAGAGGUGGCCGGAGAAGACAGAGUGAAGAAGAGCAGAUUCGAAGCCAGGAGGAACAUGACGCUCUGGAGGAAGCCCAUGCUGGGGAAUCAAAUCUUGAUAGCGGUGAAAAUGCUCCAGAAGUCCCUUUCGAAACCGUACAGGGAGAACCUCUCAACCGUUCCGGGACUCCUGAAAUGGAAAGAAAUGGUAUACGCCACGGAAAAUUUAGCCAAGUCAAAUUCACGACCGGCAGUCCUUACAGUGAAGCAGUUGAUGAACGACCGCUCAUCUUGGAGAGCCAAGGACAGCCUGAAUUAAGGCAACCAUCUGUGCCUUCUGCCUUGUCUUCGAGUCGCGCAGAGGAAGUUCCGAAAAUGCCGAUAGUUGCACCUUCAAUCCCGUCGAGACAGGACCAAGAAAAUGAACCACCACCAACCUUCAAACGUAACAGACCUCAGACUUUCCAAUUACUUGAUGGUAUUGAGAAAGUACAGCCAAAGCAGGAUGAUUUGGCUGAGCGAGCUGCACCGAUUUCGGUCGAGCGCAAAGCGCUUGCGCCUCGAAAUCAGAAUACCCCUCAUCGGCCGGCGCCACCGCCUCCCCCAAAAAUGUCCGUCUUGGAAACUGCAACUGCCACGGCAGGUGCUGCCACUACAACCACUUCUAGGAAAAGAAAGAAUCAUGUUUCUGUAAAUGGCAAGGUUUUCACGAGGUUGGACUGCAUCGGGCGUGGUGGAAGCUCAAGGGUUUACCGUGUUAUGGCUGAAAACUAUAAGAUUUUUGCACUGAAAAGGGUAUCUCUCGAGGACGCGGAUGAAACUGCCGUGUUAGGAUACAAAGGCGAAAUUGAUCUGCUCAGAAAACUCCAGAACGUCGAGAGAGUGGUUCGCCUGUACGACUAUGAGAUAAAUGAAGAGAAACAGACACUGAGUGUGCUUAUGGAGAUGGGAGAAUCCGAUUUGGAUAGAAUACUAAACCGCCGUUUGAACUGUGACGACGCGAAAUUUGAUAUCAGCUUCACCAGACAUUACUGGAAGGAGAUGCUAGAGUGUGUCCAAGCGGUUCACGAUUACGAUAUCGUCCACUCUGAUCUUAAACCAGCCAAUUUUUUGAUGGUACAAGGCCGACUAAAAAUCAUCGAUUUCGGCAUAGCCAAUGCAAUCCAAGACAACACCGUCAACGUCCACCGAGAACAACAAGUGGGCACCCCUAACUACAUGGCACCAGAGGCCAUUGUCGACUCAAAUGCGAAGAAUGGAUUACCGGCAUCUAUGGGGAGGAUGAUGAAAUUGGGAAAGCCCAGCGAUGUCUGGAGUCUUGGAUGCAUCCUCUACAAGAUGGUGUACGGACGCCCGCCUUUCGCGCACAUCCGAAACCAAAUACAGCAGAUUAUGGCAAUUCCUAACCCCAAUGUUGAAAUCGAAUUUCCAUCAUCUGGUGUCGGGGGAGAAAGUGUCCCUUCCGGCUUGAUUAAGACCUUGAAACGAUGCUUGAACCGAGAUCAGACCCAGCGACCAACCAUACCACAACUACUCAGCGAACGGGAUCCAUUUUUGCAUCCUGACCUUGAACUAGACGCCACCAUUCCUGUGAGCCAGGAGCUUCUUGGACGGAUCCUUUCCAACGUUGUGCAUCACUGCGAAAAGUUUGGCGUUCCAGACGAAGCAGAGCUGGCGACUUGGCCUGCUGGUUUCUUUUCCAGAAUCCAGCGAGCUCUAAAAGAAGAAUAAUACCACUAUUCUUUGGCACAACUUGAAUUCUUAUUACAUCACUUUUUAAUGAUGGCGUUACAAACCAUGCAAGAUAAUAUAUCCUUUUUUUGCGAUUCUGAGCGCAUCUCACACUGUUCAUUCAUCUGUUCUUGUUUGUUUAGUUAGCAUAGCGGCAGCGGCAUUGGUAUGGUAUCUCUGAGAGGCGUUGGCACUGUAUUUCAUUGUAGAAAGCUGAAUUUUCUUGUCAUUGAAGUUUUACUUCAUCGAUAACGCUCCAUGUUAGAAAGUGUUCUAAAAUAUGAAUCUCUCUGCA